AUGCGCCGGCCCAGGGACCCCGCGCUCCCGGGGGGUCUGGGAAAUAAGGACACCGUCCGCCGGAAGCCAUCGCCCUCGCGAACCGAACGGAGCCAUCCGGUCACACUUGGCGUGUCGCUGUGUCUGGCUACGUGCCUCCUCCAGCUGAUACAGCCAUCAACGGCAGUGGUUUGCAAUCAAACAGUAUGCGACUGUGCAGGAUUAAAGGGCUCACAAGGACAGAUUGGACCGCACGGAGUGCCUGGACAGAGCGGUGAUCCGGGAGACGUUGGCUUCGACGGUCCGCCGGGUACUCGCGGUGAAUACGGAAACCGAGGAGAGGCCGGCACCAUGGGCCCCAAAGGGUAUCGGGGUGACACUGGCGAGCGAGGACCACUGGGAGCGUCCGGGUAUCCCGGACUUUUCGGCGAACCCGGUUACCGUGGGCCGCACGGAAUCGAUGGUUGUAACGGCACGGACGGGGCGAUGGGAACGCCCGGCUACCCUGGACCUCCGGGCGAGCGAGGACCACAGGGUCCGGCGGGAUUGCAGGGUCCACGGGGUGACUCCGGCGAGGGCGGUAUCAACUCGAAGGGGACGAAGGGUGAUCGCGGUGUACCGGGAACGCCUGGACUGAAUGGAAUAACCGGCUGGAAGGGUGAACGAGGUGCCCGCGGUUACGAUGGAACGACUGGUGAGGCAGGCGAGGACGGGUGGCCAGGGCAGCGCGGUGACAAGGGUGAGGCAAGCGAAAGCUUCUGCCCCGGAGAACCGGGUGAGCCGGGCGAACCGUACUACUAUCUCAUUGGCAAAAACACCACCGUCAACCGGGGCAUGAAGGGUCCGAAGGGAGACCGCGGCUUCGACGGUGCGCACGGCCAUACGGGCAUGAAGGGCGAGGAAGGAAUGCAGGGCGAACGGGGCCAGAAGGGUUUCAAGGGCGAGGAAGGCAACAUCGGCGAUCGUGGUAAGCUGGGUAAGGUUGGCCCACCUGGAAUGCAGGGCGAGAAGGGCGAGAAAGGUGCCCCGGGAUACGCAGGCCGUGAUGGGCAACCGGGAGACAAGGGUCUCACCGGAGACGAAGGCCAACCAGGAUACCCCGGAAUUCAGGGACCACCGGGAGCGAAGGGAGAAUACCGACCGGAGCUGGCACCGAUCGUGAUUGGCCCGCAGGGACCCCAGGGUGAUAUGGGACCGCCGGGACGGCCCGGCAUCAGUGGAAUCCCCGGCAAUAAAGGUCUUCGUGGUCCGAUGGGACCCCCCGGUCCACCGGGCGAUCCCGGUGUAAACGGUCGACAAGGACCGAAGGGUACUACGACCUCGGGCCAGCGUGGAGACGACGGUGAAGGAGGACCACCGGGAUCGAUGGGUCUCCGAGGAACACCGGGAAUGCCGGGAGUGAAAGGUCAGGCUGGAUAUCCUGGCCGCAGUCUGCUCGGAGCGAAGGGUGAGCCUGGCACCAACGGACUUAACGGAGAGUUCGGUGACAAGGGCGACCAAGGUGACGACGGUGAGCCGGGCGACAAAGGGCUGCCGGGAGUUGGCGUUAACGUCACAGGGCCGCCCGGUCCGGAAGGAUUGCCAGGACGAGCUGGACCUCCGGGCGAUUGGGGCUUCAAUGGCUUCAAUGGCGCCAAGGGAGACAAGGGCUACCGAGGAGAGGAUUGUGGAACCUGCCCGCCCGGACCGAAGGGUGUGAAGGGAGAAGAUGGUGACAUCGGACGCCCCGGACUGGACGGAUACGAUGGCAACCGGGGUCUUCCAGGACCACGGGGCUACAAGGGAGUUCCGGGCAAGCAGGGCGAAAAGGGAAUCCUGGGCCGACAAGGUCCGGUUGGUGAGAUGGGCGAAGCAGGAGUUCCUGGUCAACGAGGUCGAGACGGUGUGGUACGACGUGCGAUUGGGGCCGCCAUUGUUCCCGAACGGGGUGAACCAGGUGACAGAGGACCACGCGGAGAGCAAGGACCUACAGGCGAUUUUGGUGACGUAGGUCCGAUCGGAUAUGACGGACGUCACGGCGACAUCGGCGAGUACGGUGACGACGGCGUACCUGGACGACCUGGCGUCGAUGGGCUGCCGGGAAUAGACGGUCGCCCUGGAGUACCCGGUCGUGAUGCAUUCGUGAACGAGUACAACAUCUGGUCGAUUCGGGGCACACCCGGACAAUUGGGAGACAAAGGAGCAAAGGGUGAGCGAGGAGACCAGGGAGAUCGUGGUUCGCCUGGUGCUACAUCGGAGAUGCACGUGGACCUGUUUGGUGAUAAAGGAGGCGUCGGCGAACCGGGCGAUCAGGGCCCGAUAGGCGAGAAAGGUUUUAAGGGCGACGAAGGACCGUAUGGAAUGCGAGGUCUGGAUGGUCCAGCGGGUCUGACCGGUGUGAGCAUACAGGGACCGCAGGGUCACAAAGGCUACUAUGGUGUGAUCGGUGACCAUGGACCUGCUGGCGAUCCGGGUUUCGAAGGAAUGCCAGGACCCGACGGUAUGCCCGGACUGCCGGGACUCCGAGGUCAACGUGGUGAUCCCGGCCGCCCCAUUCUGAUGGGCGAGAAAGGAGUGGAAGGUGACGGUGGUUUCUACGGCGAGAUCGGUGACAAAGGCUUCAAAGGUCCAGAAGGUAUCCGCGGACAGAACGGACCAUCGGGUGUCAAGGGUGAGCGAGGCGAUGUGGGCCCGCUGGGACGAUCGGGUCUGCGUGGCAAUAAGGGUCAACCGGGAGACAUUAUCUAUGGCGCACGCGGUGCUCCGGGACUGCCAGGACGCGACGGCCUAGAGGCACCAUACGGCGAUAAGGGUGAACGAGGCGACUUCGGCAUCGAGGGACCGCAAGGCCCGAAAGGUGAAACGGGCGAUAUCGGACGUGAUGGAGUGCCGGGACUCUCCGGAGAUCCUGGAGUGCCCGGUGAGCGCGGAUUCACUGGACGCAUGGGCGAUAUGGGCGAGGAAGGCUACCAGGGCGAACGUGGCAUGGUCGGUGAUCCAGGACAUCCGGGAUUGACUGGUGCACGUGGUUUGGCUGGAUUCCGCGGUCCGAAGGGUCCCUUUGGUGAUCAAGGCGACAUGGGUUUCCCGGGACGAGACGGUGCACCGGGACGAAAGGGAGAGCGUGGUGACUUCGGCGAUGUGGGACCACGAGGAAGGAAGGGUGGUGCAUCGUUCAGCGGCAUGAAGGGUGAACCGGGACUUCCUGGCAUUACCGGGCCAAACGGAUACGAUGCGCGUCCAGGACCAAUGGGACGGAAGGGAGAGGAAGGCGAUGCUGGACAGGUCAUCGAUGGAAUCACGGGCGUAAAAGGACAAAAGGGAGCUCCAGGCUACCCGGGAAUGCCAGGCCGGCCCGGUGCGAAGGGCGAGCGAGGUGAUGUGGGAGUUCUUGGACCGAAGGGCAUCACCGGUGAUAGGGGCCGUGACGGUCCCUCAGGCAUUGCUGGCCGACCGGGCCGUCCUGGACUACGGGGACCUUUGGGCCAGCGUGGCGAGCAGGGUUCACGUGGCUUGUCCGGAGAUCCUGGACUCGACGGACCGCCAGGAUUCUUUGGUGAAAAGGGCUAUCGUGGCGACAAUGGUCUGGCUGGCUUACCGGGUGCCCCAGGACCUCGAGGAGACCCUGGACUACCGGGAAUACCAGGCGAAAUGCUGAUGCGAGCGGCUCAGAAGGGUGACCAAGGUGAUUUCGCUCUCGAGGGUCCGGAAGGUGACGAAGGGCCGAUGGGUCUGAAAGGACUCCGAGGAAACCCGGGACGCAAGGGAGACCAGGGACUUCCUGGAUACGUCGGAAUGGCUGGCAUCGAAGGACGCGAUGGCCCGAAGGGUCAGCGGGGUGAUCGAGGAAUGAAAGGACUUCCCGGAGAGCUCGAGUACCGCCCAGAGCCCGGUGAUCAAGGUGAUGCUGGAUACGAUGGCUUCACAGGGCGCCCCGGCCUCCCCGGAAACAAGGGUGCCCCUGGAGAUUAUGGUGACAAUGGACCGAUGGGUCUUGCCGGACAGCCUGGUAUGGUUUAUGGUGCACUGAAGGGUAUCAGAGGAUCGGUCGGUCUUGAAGGCCCACCGGGAAUGGAAGGUCUGCCAGGCAUGCCAGGUCCCGAAGGCUUGAUGGGCGCACCUGGCCCGAGAGGACUGCCGGGAAGCAUUGGUCCAAUGUUGCCCGGAUUCCGCGGUGAUCCGGGAGAUAAUGGUCUGCCGGGAUUGGACGGACUUCCGGGCCCUGAAGGUUUCCCGGGCGAUCGUGGAAGCCCUGGAUUGGGUGGUUUCCGUGGAAUGUCUGGUCCCAAGGGAGAGCAAGGUGACGUGGGAACGGAAGGCUACCCUGGCUUAGUUGGCUUCAAGGGUACAAAGGGCGAGGUCGGUGAUCUUCCACCACUGGACAACUGGCGACCGACGCAACCUGGUGAUCGCGGCACCCCUGGACUGAAAGGAGUACUGGGCGACGAGGGAGAUCCUGGACCACCGGGAUACCCUGGCACGCGCGGACCCAAAGGUAUGCCGGGAAUGCCGGGCGAACAGGGUUCCGUCGGUAUGGAAGGUAUGAAGGGUGAGCGCGGCAUCGUCGGUGCGCCGGGUAGAGACGGUCUGGAAGGACUCGCCGGUGUACCAGGAAUGCCAGGCGAUCCGGCACGGCCACCACCACCACAGCGGAAUCUCGGGUACCUUUUCGCUAAGCACUCGCAAAAGGUCGACAUUCCCGAGUGUCCGAUCAACACGUACAAGCUGUGGGACGGCUACUCGCUGGUGAACGUCAUCGCCAACAGUCGCUCCGUCGGACAGGAUCUGGGUUCGGCCGGUUCGUGCCUACGGCGUUUCAGCACGAUGCCGUUCCUGUUCUGUGAUAUCAAUAACGUUUGCAACUACGCCUCGAACAAUGACGACACAAUCUGGCUGGCCACGCCGGAGCCCAUGCCAAUGUCGAUGGCCCCAAUACCAGCGGAUCAGGUUGAGCGGUACAUUUCCCGGUGCAGCGUCUGCGAGUCAAGCACGCGCGUCAUGGCUCUCCACAGCCAAUCGAUGAGCAUUCCAGAUUGUCCCAACGGCUGGGAAGAACUCUGGCUUGGUUACAGUUACGCAAUGCAUACAUCUGAUAACUCCGGAGGCUUCGGUCAGGACUUUGUAUCGCCUGGUUCGUGUAUGGAAGAGUUCCGGUCACAACCCGUCAUCGAAUGCCACGGACAUGGAACGUGCAACUUCUACGAUGGAAUAUCUUCCUUCUGGCUGACCAUCAUAGAUGAUGCAAUGCAGUUCAAUAGGCCUCAACAGCAAACGCUCAAAGCGCACCAGACUAGCAAAGUGAGCCGGUGUAUCGUAUGCCGUCGAAAGGCUGGUAUUAUGACCUCGCUGAACGGAAACCACAUAAGUGCGUCCGCACUGCGUGUACCUCCGAUAGAAACGGUUUCACGGCCACUCUACCCACCACCGGCGCAACCGGUUCCCAGGAGACGGGUCACGGCCGGUCGUAACCGCAAUCGUAACCGCAACCAGGGCUAGGAGGAGAAGGAGUGUUAAGGAGCGUUAUCGAUAGGAAAGUGCUCGCAUCCUUCCCCGGAGGAUAUGAGGACGCUUAUAUUUAAAUGUGCCAUCACCGUGCGCUGGAGGUGCAGUUUUCCCUCGUUAAAAUAGGAGCGAGGCUAGAGAUUUUGAUUCCUUCUUACGUCGAUAAGUCGUUCGGUAGAUACGAUCCAAAGUAAUCGCUAAUCGCUGUGUUCUAAUAACAAAACUGCCAUAACGAUCCUAUCUGUAUAAAAACGCUGCACACACAGAAGCACCCGGAAAUCCCUUAAACAGUAAACUUACCUUGUGGUGAUAGACAUGAGAUAGCUUCUAUUUCCCCAAAAAUGCAGACAUCCUUCCUCUGUCCCAGUCGUGUUGAUCAUCCGUGUAACAUUCUUGUAGGUUUCUAAUCAUACGUGUCACACAGCAGGAAUACUUUCGUUCCCACAUUUAACUGUAACAGCUUUAUAAAAGGGAGAAACAAACGAGAAAGCAGUCAAAACCAAUGAAACGAAUAUGUAAGCGAAUUAUUCGAUUAAUAAAAAUACCAAACCGUA